AUGUCGCGGAACCGCGACGACGUAUUCGAAAUUUGAAUUUAAACUGGCCAGUAAAAUUAAAAAAUGGUGGGAAAUCUGUGGUUAUCUUUUUUUAUUGUGAUAGUUUUGGCGGCAGUCCUCGAUGGCCAGACCUUGGGAGGUCCCAUGCAUGGCAAGGUGGUAGUAUGCUACGUAGCCACCUGGGCGGUAUACCGGCCUGGUGCGGGCAAGUUCGAGCAGAGCGAUCUGGAGCCCUCCCUGUGUACACACUUGGUGUACUCCUUCGCGGGGUUGGACGAACAUACUAAUAGCAUUAAGAGUCUCGACCCUUGGCAAGAUUUAGAAAAGGACUAUGGCAGAGCUGGUUACAAACGACUUGUAGCCCUUAAAGAGAGGUACCCUCACCUCAAAGUGACAGUUGCUAUUGGUGGAUGGAACGAAGGAUCUGCUAAAUAUUCCAAGAUGGCCGCCAGCCCGGAGUCCAGAGCGAAGUUUAUACAGAGUGUCAUGACGUUCUUAGACACUUACAAGUUCGACGGUCUUGACUUGGAUUGGGAAUAUCCGACCAGACGAGAUGGAAACCCAGAGGACAAAGUUAACUACGUGUCUAUGGUGAAGGAACUAAAAGACGCCUUCGAGUCGCGCGGCUACAUCCUCACAGCCGCGCUCGGCGCCGGCAAGGAGACCAUGGACGCUGCUUACGAUUUGGCCAAGCUCAGCCGAUACCUGGACUUCAUACACAUGAUGUGUUAUGAUUACCACGGGACUUGGGAUGGGGUUGUGGGGGCUAAUGCUCCGUUGAGAGGCACCAAUGAUCAAGAUGUGUUGAGCGUGGAAUACACAAUAAAAUACAUGCUAGCGCACGGUGUGAGCCCGUACAAGAUGGUGCUCGGUCUGCCGAUGUACGGCCGCAGCUUCUACCUCGAGAAUCCCGGAGUAAAGAAGAUACUGUUCGGAGUGACAGCUGUCAAGAGUACGGGCUUCCCCGGACCGUUUACUAAGGAGGCUGGGUUCUUGGGUUAUAAUGAGAUAUGCAUGGAAACAACAAACAAAUCGACAGAAUGGACACACCACUGGCACGAGCAGACCGCCACACCGUACUUACGAGAUGGAGCUAGAGUUAUCACGUAUGAUAACGCGAGGUCUAUUGCUAUUAAAGUCAAAAUGGCCAUCGACUACGGUCUCGGAGGGCUGAUGGUGUGGAGUAUAGACACGGACGACUUCCGCGGCGCGUGCGAGAGCGAGACGGAUGCGUAUGUUGACUUCGUAGAGCGGUACGAUAAGAUUGUUGAUGAACCGAUCUUGCAAGAGGCGCUGAAAACAUUGAAGUUGCCUGAUGCAAACCGCAUAGAAAACCUCAGCAGGCGCACAGCUUACGUGGUCUCCAACAACCGCCUCCACUUACGUUUACCAGAAGAAACUUAUUCCAAUUACAAUCUCAUGAGAACCAUAAACGAAGCGACACUAAUGGCUUUGGAGGAAAAGAGAAUUCUAGACGAAAUAGAACUGGUCAAUAAGAAGAACGAGAUAGAAGAAAGAGGCGAGAAAAGCGCAGCAAAUGUGACAGCUGUCAGUGUCAUUUGCAUAGUGUUGAGUUUGCUCGCAAUGAGGUUUUAGUUUAUAACAAUUUUUUUAUUUUUUUUGAAUGUCGCAAGUCAUAAAAUAUUGAAUAAUAUUUCUAUUAUAAUUCCAAAUCAAAUUUAUAUGAAAUAACUUAUUUGGAAGUUACAGGCGUUACGGUUUUAAAACACGAUUAAUUAUUUUAGAUUUAAUUUAGCAUUGAAAAAUGUAUGCAAUACUUGAUUUGUGUUUGAUCACUAGUGCCUUUAAUUUCAAAAAAGGAAUUACUCAAAGCAUGAAAAACUAAGAAGCGAAAUUUUUUAAAAGUAGGGCCAUUACCAUUGACGUAAAAUUGAACCAUUCACAUGUUACAUAAUUAUUAUUAUAUUGUAUUGUAUUAUGGACGCACUUAUUACCUAAUGUAAUUUUUUUUUACAUUGUAAUUAGUAUUAUUUUAACAUCACUAAAGAUUUAAAAGCCAAUAAGAUUGACAUUUACUUAUUUGGUAUCGAUUUUUUUUUAAAUAUGUAUAUGUGUUUUUUUUAUAUACAAUAAUUAGAAUUUAGGUGUUAGUGUAAAUAUUAAGGAAAAAACCACUAAACUGCCAAAUCUGUGUAUAUUAGAGCUAGCUUUCGUCACCCUUCUUCACUUAUAAGUUUGCUUUUUACAACAUUAUUAUUAGAAUUAAGAAAAAUUCAUCAAAAUCUGUUCAGCAGUUUAUAUGAUAAACUUUAACAACCCGUUGCUUUCUUAUGUACAUAAUA